AGCGCAUGUGGGGGGAUAGAAGGCAUUCAGACUCAAUUCAGGGAACCGGAGCACAAAUCCAAUUCCCUAAAUCAAGAGCCCCUCACCAGCGUCAAGGAACCUCCCUUGAGGGGUCCUGCUGCUCAAGGACCCCAAUGGAAGGUCACUUGGUGUGUCACGACUGGGAAGUGACUCAAUAAAACCUCAACUUUGGUGGCCCUGAGUAACCACAACAGCAAAAUGUCUAUGUCUUUUAUCGACUUUGAAAGUGCGAGAGAGAAGGAGAAAAAACGGCAGUGGGAACGAGAGGCGAGAGAAGCUAUUCUGGAGAAGGCAAAAAAUAAAUAUGAAGCCAAAGAACGUAAGGAGGUGGCAGCUCGCCAACGAGGGGAACAUACCUGGAUGUUGUCAAGUGUAGAAUCGAAGCUCGAUUCUCAUAAAUUAGAUAAGAAGAAAAAGAAGAAAGAGAAGAAGGAGAGGAAGAGAAAAAAGAAGGAAAAGAAAUUAAAGAAAAGCAAGAAAAGUUAUUCAUCGUCAACCACAAGCAGUGAUGAUGAAGAUGAAAAGGAACAAUGGGUAGAAAAAUCUGCAGCCAGUGGUACCAAAACUUCUGAGACAGUUAGGACAAGAGAGCUGACUGCCUCACAAGAUGGAACACAGGAGCAAAAUUCUUCACAAAUACAAACAAAACGUGAUAGCUGGAUGGAGAUGACAUCCCUGUUUGGAACUUACUCACGAGAUGAAAUGAGGGAACGUGAAGGUACAAGCAGAAUAAAGGCUAAGGAAGAAGAAGAAAAACGAAAGUGGGAAGCUGAUAAGCCAGGAUCUCAUGCUCGAGAACUCAAUCCUUACUUCAAGGACGGAGGAACUGGUCUGCCAGAACAGCGAAACAAAGAUGAAGUAUCACCAGCUCCAUCAUCUCUGGGGCUGGAUGCUGCAUGGCUACGGAAAGCAUUGAAGAGGGCUGAAGAACAAGCUCAGUUAGAAAAGAAAUCACUCGAAGAGAUAGCAGCUCAGCGAUGGGGGGUAUGGUUAUACAUCCUGGCAAAGUUUAAUGAACUGUUAGCAGAAGCAGAAGGAAGAGGAAAGAAGAACCAGACAGAUAGCUGGCAGACAAAGAUAAGUACUAACACAGCAAGAAGUAGAAGCAGAGAGAGAUACAAAAGUAAAAACAGAAUAAGAAGUACAAGUAGUGAGCGAAAGAAUUAUGGUAGCAGAGAGAGAAGCAGAAAUAAAGAGAGAAUAUCAUAUGAAAAUAGCAGUAAGGAGCACAGUAGAAGCAGAGAGAGAAAAAGGAGCAGGCGCAAGGAAAGAAGACACCAAAGAUGCGGUAGAUAUGGUAGUAGCAGCAGCAGUGAGAGAAGUGGUAGCAGCAGUCAUAGUGAUCACAGUGAAGAGAGGGAUAAACAACAGAAACAAUCAAGUACUGAGGGAGAUAGAUCUGUAAAAGGGCUAUUGAGACCCCCAGAGGAUACAUAUCCAACAAAACAUUCUUCAUUAUUAUCAUCAAAGUUCAGAAGGCCCAGGGAUGAGGAGGAUACAAGAUCUACUAGUAAUUUGAAUGUCAAGAAAUUGUCUAGCAGUAACCGUGGUUGGCAGAAAAAGGAAUACAAACAGCAAUUAAAAGAACGUGAAAUACAGUCACGACAAAGGUCAUCAUCAUCAUCAUCGUCAGCUGAAUCGAGUGAUUCAGAAAAACAACCUGCAGGGGCCAGUAAUAAAUCUUCAGAAAAGGAACUUCCACUAAAUGUUCCUCAAGUGACACCUGAGCCACCAACACUGCCCCAGCCACCUACCCAGCUAACAGAUAAAGAAAUGAAUGAGCUGGCUGCAAAGAUCAUGAAAGCUGAACUGACUGGAAAUGAUGCCCUAGCAAGUAAAUUAAAAACAAAGUUGGAAGCUGCUCGGGCUGCUCGCUCCAGUGCUGCGGCUUUCAGUGAGGGAACUAGUGGAGAGCAAACUACAGAGCAAGUGGUUGUCCUAACCAGGAUGGAAAAUGGGGGUAAACACCAUUUUCCUCAGGAACACAAACGUUCUGAGCGUUCGCUGGAGUCAUGCCAGUGGUGCUUCGACAAUAAAGAGAUGCCAAAGCAUUUAAUUGUUGCAUUAGGGACUAAGUCAUAUGUAUGUCUACCUCCUCAUGAGUCCCUGACUCCUGGGCAUUGUCUGAUUGUCCCAAUUCACCAUGUUGCUUGUUCUGUUCAAGCUGAUGAAGAUCUCUGGAGUGAAAUCCAGAUUUUUCGCAAGUCUAUAGUCAAAAUGUUUAAUUCACGGGGUGAGGACUGUAUAUUCUUCGAGACUGUUAAAAGACUAAAAUACUAUCCACACAUGGCUCUCAACUGUGUUUCUCUUCCAAGAGAAAUGGGAGACAUGGCUCCCAUUUACUUUAAGAAAGCCAUCAUGGAGUGUGAAGCUGAAUGGGCACAAAAUAAGAAGCUUGUGGAUUUAAAAAACCGUGAUGUACGCAAAGCAGUACCAAAGGGACUUCCUUACUUUUUUGUUGAUUUUGCAAUGGAUGCUGGCUUUGCUCAUGUAAUUGAAGAUGAGCAAGAAUUUCCUAACAACUUUGCUCAGGAAAUUGUUGGUGGGAUGUUGGACUUGGACAGUCACUUAUGGCGUAAACCACGAAGGGAAAAUUUUGAUGCACAGCGAAGGAAAGUCAUGGAAUUUAGUCGCUGGUAUAAAGAGUUUGAUCCUACACAAGAUAAUUAAAUGGGAUUGUCUAGAAUGUAAUAGAAAUCUUACGUAAGUAAAAGGGGAAAAGACAGUUUGUAUGGGUUAAUGGAUUAUACCUUUGUACUAUGUCAUCUUUUAACAAAAUAAAGGAGUUAAUGCUU